GUCAGCGGGUGCACAAGCCCUAGGAUUUGGUUCCUCCGAAGAGGGUCCCCUCACCCCCAAACGAAGAGGCGACAGGAGGCUCCUGGGACUGAAGCUGCGGCCGCUCGCCCACCGCGCGCCGACGGGUGGCUGCGCAUCCGCGCUUCAGGAGGCCACCGGCAAACGCCGCCCGGAGCCGCCUGGGUCUAGACAAGGAUUGCACACCCAUAUUCACCGGCCCUCGAGCCAAAAGCUGGAGCCAGCGCGAGCCCGCAGAGGGACAGACCAGCCGUGGGUAACUGCGGGCGGGGAGCCGAGCGCACGCGCCACGGCCGCUGCCUUUGUGCGUCGACGGCCGAUCCGUGCUUGCCUGUGGGAAGACUGGCGCUGGAAUUUUGAAUUCCACAUUUUGUGUACAAUGCGCAGUCUUUUCCGCACCGAGGCGAAUCAGACAGUGCAGAAAAGCGGACCCGCCUCGUUCUAGGACUGCGUUUUGGCAGCGAGUCGCCUGGAGCUUCACGCACUGCCACGAGUAGGGAGGGGCUCGGGGGCCCCCGGGAGAGCGCAGCAGGUGGAGAGAGUCUCGGGGCGGCCCCGCGCGGCCCCAGCCAUGCCGCCGGUAAUGGCCGGCACCUUAGCGUGGCCCUCCGAGGGUUCCCAGGACCGGCCCGGAUUGUUUCCCACCCGCGCGUUCUCUCUCGCCGCCAGCCAGGCCCAGCUGGCAAGGCUCUCCCGCACCGAGACCUUCUGACUCCCUGGUUCCCGCCUCCGCCCCCGCGCGAGGGUGGCCCGAGAGAGCCGGAGCUCGCCCGGCCCCGGCCGGGACCAUGGUGUUUCUCUCUGGAAAUGCUUCCGACAGCUCCAACUGCACCCACCCGCCGGCACCGGUGAACAUUUCCAAAGCCAUUCUGCUCGGAGUGAUCUUGGGGGGCCUCAUCCUUUUCGGGGUGCUGGGGAACAUCCUGGUGAUCCUCUCCGUGGCUUGUCACCGGCACCUGCACUCGGUUACCCACUACUACAUCGUCAACCUGGCCGUGGCCGACCUCCUGCUCACCUCCACGGUGCUGCCUUUCUCCGCCAUCUUCGAGAUCCUGGGCUACUGGGCCUUCGGCAGAGUGUUCUGCAAUAUCUGGGCGGCGGUGGACGUCCUGUGCUGCACCGCGUCCAUCAUAAGCCUCUGCGUGAUCUCCAUCGACCGCUACAUCGGCGUGAGCUACCCGCUGCGCUACCCCACCAUCGUCACCCAGCGCAGAGGCCUCCGGGCUCUGCUCUGCGUCUGGGCCUUCUCCCUGGUCAUCUCCGUCGGGCCCCUGUUCGGCUGGAGGCAGCCGGCCCCGGACGACGAGACCAUCUGCCAGAUCAACGAGGAGCCGGGCUACGUGCUUUUCUCGGCCCUGGGCUCCUUCUACGUGCCUCUGACCAUCAUCUUGGCCAUGUACUGCCGGGUCUACGUGGUGGCCAAGAGGGAGAGCCGGGGCCUCAAGUCCGGCCUCAAGACCGACAAAUCCGACUCGGAGCAAGUGACGCUCCGCAUCCACCGGAAAAAUGCUCCCGCCGGAGGCAGCGGGGUGGCCAGCGCCAAAAACAAGACGCACUUCUCCGUGAGGCUCCUCAAGUUUUCCCGGGAGAAGAAAGCGGCCAAAACGCUGGGCAUCGUGGUCGGCUGCUUCGUCCUCUGCUGGCUGCCUUUCUUCUUGGUGAUGCCCAUCGGGUCUUUCUUCCCUGAUUUCAAGCCCCCGGAAACUGUUUUUAAAAUAGUGUUUUGGCUCGGAUACCUAAACAGCUGCAUCAAUCCCAUCAUAUACCCAUGCUCCAGUCAAGAGUUCAAAAAGGCCUUUCAGAAUGUCUUGAAAAUCCAGUGUCUUCGCAGAAAGCAGUCUUCCAAGCAUGCCCUGGGCUAUACUCUGCAUGCCCCCAGCCAGGCCCUGGAGGGGCAGCAUAAGGACAUGGUGCGCAUCCCAGUGGGAUCUGGAGAGACCUUCUAUAAGAUCUCCAAGACGGAUGGGGUUUGUGAAUGGAAGUUUUUCUCUUCCAUGCCCCGUGGAUCUGCCAGGAUCACUGUGCCCAAAGACCAAUCAGCCUGCACUACAGCCCGGGUGAGAAGUAAAAGCUUUUUGCAGGUCUGCUGCUGUGUAGGGCCCUCAACCCCCAACCCCGGAGAGAACCAUCAAGUUCCAACUAUUAAGAUCCACACCAUCUCCCUCAGUGAAAAUGGGGAGGAAGUCUAGAGGACAGGAAAGGGCAAAGAAAGAGGGAAUGAUCUUAGUUACCCACCCCUCUUCCUACUCAGAAUGCCUGUUCACUUCUCCUGGAAGACAAGAUAGGUCUAUCAAAUGGGGGGACCACCUGGGAAGAGAAGGGGGAGGACUCAACUCAUCGGGCAUCAGGUAGGGCACGAGGAGCUGCCAGUUCAGAGUGAUGCAGAACAGCAUUCCCUGCCACUAGUGUACCCUCAGUCAUCCUCUGAGCCCACUGUCCACAACUGGCCCUUUCAAUGAAAAACACCAUGGGAAACAAUUUCAUACACAAUCCAAAGGACUAUAAAUAUAGGAUCAUGAUUUCAUCAAGAGUAUUUUGAGCAUGCACUCUAAGUUUGGAGCUAUUUCUUGAUGGAAGUGCGGGGAUUUUAUUUUCAGGCUAAACCUACUUGACAGCCACAUUUGACAUUUAUGGAAAACAGUUCUAGAAAGGAAGAGCUGUAAGAUGAUGGCUGAUAUCCAGGUACAUGGUCUUUAGAGCAGGUUUUUAAACUCCACCAUUUCCAACGUAUCCAGUUUCUCAGUUUGGGUGACAGUUGACAGUGGGAUAUACUUUGGCUGCUCCUUAUUCCCAAAAGAUGACAAGGGAGGGGCACUUAUUAGGUCUCAGAAUACAAUGGUGGCACACUCUCUCCCCUUGAAUCUAGAAGGCAUGGAAUGAACUAGUCAAGGAGAAGAUGGCUUUUCCCAUAGAAAACAUUAGUCUUGAGGGUUAUUUUUUUCAAGCACUAAGGACAAAAAUCUAUUCAGCAAUUUUAAGAUCAGAUGAAGGAGGGCUUCUUCUGUAACAUUUAAAAAUCAAGAGGUUGAGGUAAUGUGGGUGCUGAUUUUAUGCUAAAAUAGAUGCUCCUAGAUGACUCCACAAUCUUUUUGACGUGGCUUGGAGUGGUUCUUCCUGGCAAAUUGCUUACUUUCUCCAGAACUCUGUUAUGAAAGCCUACAACCUAUAAUAUUUUGGAAGGCAAAAUAGUGCUUCCACUUCUUCUCCCCUGCUUCACUUAAUGAAUGGGGUUCAUCUAUGGCAUGUAGCAUGAUCCUUAUGGUCCAGAUAUAUCCUUCCUGAACUUUGAAAGAUACUAAUGCUUAGCUUUGUACAGAUACUGACUGAUCCCCAAAGAACUGUUAAAAACAGGAAUUUGCAGACAAUUUUUGACUGAACUCCAUUGAUUCUAGCAAAAGAUCUAGUAGUCCAUUCACCUCACCUAGCCCCACUUUCUGCAGGGACAUGGGAAACAUCAUCAUUUUUGUUCUGUGUUUACCAAAUUUUUGGGAAAUCUUAAUAACUUGGUAUUUUACUAAUGAUGAACAUGGUAACUAUGUGUAAAAAACUUAAAUAUGUCUGUCAUUGCACAAGAAGAAUUUAAAAUGGGACUUAUGUUUGGGGAAUAUUUUUGACAAGAAUCUCUGGUCUAAAACUGCUGACCAUUUCCAUGUCUUCUUUCCUCUAUUUUGGUAAUUUCCUUGAAGAAUUUCAAAGAAAAUUAUAGUUGCUAUUACAUGAUCUCCAAAGUAAAGGUCAUGAGCCCAUCAUCUUUUCCUUUUUCCCUUGCAGAAAAAUGAUCGUUUCCUUAAAUCCUUCUACAGGCAAAUCUUUUUUCCACGUUGCAAUGGAGAUUAUGGCUGCAUGUGAAUUUGGGGUUUAUGGUUGGUUGUAUUUGGACCUAGAACAUGAAUGCUUCUUCUAGAGAAUGUCUUCUAAUUGGCUGGAUAGAAAUUCAGCCUUGCGGUCAAUACUUAGAUUCUGGCACCCAGCUACUGACUGCAAUUUUAUACUCUUUUGGUCUCUGCAUGUCCAAUAACAGCUUUACAAGACAUGGGUAUUCUAUUAUAGAGGCAGGCAUCUAAAAAGAAGUUGAAUGUGCAAGGCUUGCUUCUCUUCUGCCUUAAUAGAAAAGAUAAGUUUAGUUGUUACAAGAGAUUCUUUCAGGAACUGAAUGAAAAAAACGCGCUUGACCCAGAUCCCCUCUUCAGUGACAUGUGUUUCUGUGUUAGAAAAGAUCUUUAAACACCUUUAUAGACAAUUCUAAAUUUUAGAUAUGGGGAAGUUCAGAGCACCUGAAAGCUAGUGUCCAUGCCACUUCUAAUUAAAAUAGACAACUAGAAAAUCUUUCAGUCAUCAGAUAAAAACCAUGACAAUUGUAUCCAUGUAAAAUCAUCCAUAAAUAAUUGUUUGUUAUACUGUUCUGCAGCCCUUCUCCUUCCAGGAAGGUAAAUUUUUAACAUGUUUUUCCUUUCCCAUAGCAUGAUAUGGUAUAUAGACACACUGAUUUUACAAGAAGUUGAUAAUGUCACCCAAAACUUACAUGAAAUUUCAUGAGUUGAGUAUGUUUUACUCAUCCACAAAAGUCCCCAUACAUUUAAGCAUGCCAAAAACCUUUCUAAAAUUGUCACAGUUACACAAAUGAUUGUCAUAUUUAUACUCACAUGUUUACUGCUUUAUUAGGAGUUUGAGGAAUUUACCCAAAGUAGCAGUGGUUAAAAGGUCUUCUUUAAAAGGAGUCGCUUUGGCAUUGUCUCAACAUCACAAAAACCAAUCUGACACUGUGGGAUAGACAAUUUGGGUUCGUAAUUCAGAUUUCAUGCAUUAGGAGAGAUCUCGGACUCUUUAUUCAAGAAAUUCCCAGGUUUUUGAAAGGGAUUUCAGAAAAAAAGUUUACCCAUCACUGUUUUCUUCCUUUUGCCUCUAUCAAGUCUCAUCCAAGACUUCUGUUUGUAACCAUGCAGCAUGUCUAACACUCUAAAAUAUUAAGCCUUCAACCCUCCUACCACCUACUUGUACGGGUCCAUCCAUGGUGCAUAACACUUUCUGUUAAAUUCUACUGUGUGCCUAUCUGCAGGGCAUGUCAUACCUGUUAACUCUAAAUCUUAUAACAACUCUAUUUCUAUUUUAGAGAUGAAAAUAUGAGUUGAAAGAGAUUACAGAUUUGCCCAAGGCCAAGAAGAAGCCACAAUUCAAACCUGGGUGUCCCUAACACAAAACCUACAUAUUUUCCAUAGCACCUUUUCCUCAUAAAUAGUGGAGAGAAAAGUGCUCCAAUUUGGAUUCGGUAAUGUUUUGUUUCCUCAAGAUUUGCCUCCAAAUUGAAUUUAGUAAAUAUACUAUCACAUUUCCAGCCCAGCCAAAUCCAAGAGUAGUUCUUCAUUGGAAGGGUUGAUGUGUACAGUUCUAUCAGAUCUCAUCACUUUCUUAGGGGUUAAUGGCCCAGAGUGUUAUUAAGGCCUUAUAACAAUGAAUUUUACCAAAUUGUGAGAAGAUGGGCAUUUGACUAAGAACAGCAAACCAGUUGUAGAUAAGAAAGACCUUGAUUUUUGGUGUGUUGAAAUUAUUCAUUACCAAGCACUGUUAAUCUGAACAGGUUUAGGUAGCUUAUCCCUUUUAAUAGUAAAUGAAAAUAAAUACAACAUCCUUCAUAUCAUUCACCUGUAUUUCAACUUUUUUUUGAGAUGGAAAGAGGGGGAAGGAUUAUAGGAACUGCACAGAGUGUGUCAAGCAUUUGAGUUUCACAGAUAACCACCAUGAGAAAAGGGUGCAGAAUGCUGACCUUCAGCAGACAGAGUCCCAGGAAGUCUUUGAAAAUGAGGUUGAUAGGCCACUUUACCAUUUAUGAGCUGACAUCCACUUUCUCCUGAAUUUCCUUGCACAAAAGAAAGCUGUGUGCCCCAAGCAUCUUGGCUUCCCCCCUCUUCAAAGCACACCAUCACACAGACCUACUGACCCAGUAGGUUUCAUGGCUAUGGCCUGAGAGUAAGAGCACUGUAGGAACUAUUUGCUUAGGCAGGUAAUUGUUCACUGUUUAAUCGUAGCUACUUACUCACAGCUUGACAAGCAUUCUCAAUAGCUUCUGGGGCUGGUUCUGCUCCUAUCUUCUUGCCAAAACAGAUGCUCCCUCUGAAUACUUGUUGACUUAAUUAAGGAAAGGGCUCUGUUCAUCAGACAGAAGGCAAACUCUUCAAGCAAAAGCCAGGGUGACUAAAAAGAAGGCAAAAGUGAUAGUUACCCUGAUGGUUACUCUGAUCUCUUUUUACACUACUAGGACUUUUAACCAUGAAACUCUAGUCGUGCCCAGCUGGACCACUGCACCUGCUCUCUGUCUACAAACUGCUGUGGAGCCGGGCUGAGCCGGGCUGCCAUGGUGCCACCUACCCUCAAAAGGCAAUGGCAGCAGCAGCCUUCUGGCCCUCCAAAGUCUCUGCAAGAUGAGUGAGUAGAGAUGACCACUGUGGGCUUGGGCCAGCAAAGCAAGUUAGAAUUUCAACGAGGACACCAACCCCUUGCCAAUGCUGCCAUCAGCUUGUUUAUGCACCCCAGGCUCCAAUGUCAAGGGGGUGGGCUCAGAAUGGGCCCUAUCUGCUCUAUGGAGGAAACUGUGACCUCUUCUUUGCUACUGUAACGUGGAUUAUUGCCUUUCCCACCUAAAGAGAAGCUUUGGGGGCGGGGGAAGUGAACUGAGGAGAGAAGACACUUACCAUAGACAUUGCUUGAAGUGGAAUGGUUUAGUAAUGCUUUUGUGCAACUGAUAAGAAACUGCCCUGAACUAUUAGACUUAUACGUUUCAAAAGACAAAAUAAUUGUCUUUGUCUUUUGUGGGGCUCAGGAGUUAUUAGAUUACUUCCCUAACAUUCAUAUCAUAGCCACCUUAUAAGCUAGAAAUGAUUAUCACUAAACUGAAGAAUACAUGCUUCAUUAGGCAAAAAAAAAUCUAAGCAAAUUUACACAGUAUUUGAAAAAAAAAUGUAGGUACUGGUCUAUCAAAAAGUCUGAACACUUAGGUACAUUCAAAUAUAAGAGAAAAUCCCAACUGAGUUGAGUAUUUCUAUUCAUUUUUGUAGCACUUCAUGCUUAUCCAUGUAUUUUUGCCUAUCUCAAGUACCUCCUGUCCAACAAGAAGAGAAGCAAAGGAUUAUUAUCUAGCCUUAGGAUUUGAAGAAUCCUGGAGAGGAUGAAACUUAAGGAUUUGCUUGAAUAUCUCCUAUCCAGAUUCCAAAUCUUUUUUCCAGGACACCCCAAAUGUCUUCUGGAACCACUUAGACUUUCAUAUUGCACUCAUUUGUCUCUGACUGGUAAUUUCAGCUCUAUUUGCACUUUCUCUCCUUUCUCUCUGAGCAGCACAGGAUUAUUGUAAUGGCCAAGUUCAUGUUUGUCUAUGCUUUACUCCUUGGCUAAAAGCAAGCCCAUGUAAUUCUGUUCUUGUUCUCAAAUAGGCAGCCACAGAACCAAGGAAGUAGUCAGGGCAAAAGACUCUUGAUUUGCUCCACAGGGUGAUACCUAAGACAAAAUCAGCAGAGAUUGUCACCUUAAGGUCCUCAGGAACCCAAAGUUCCCAAAGGCAGUUGUGGGAACACUCCUUUUCCCAGUGAGCCUGCAAGUCAUUGUGUACACACUGAGCAACAGCAGCAGCAAACUACCUCUCCUGCGCCCAGCACUGCACUUGGCACGGAAAACCCAGAGAGGCACAGACAGUCCCCAGCUUAUGAACUGGCUGGAUUCCAGGUUCAUAAGAAGUAGAGAAGUCAUGACUGCAUUUUUCCAAGAGGCAUUAUUGUAAAUGGGGGAAGGAAAAGAUGUUCCUAGAGGAACCAAAAAAUAAAAAUCUAUUUAACAUACACCUUCAGUUGACAAACCUUUUCUGUAAAUGGCUAGAUAGUAAAUAUUUGGGCCUUGUGGCCUAUAUGGUAUCUGUCAUGCAUUCUUCUUUGCUGCGACUUUGUUGAUGAAUAAAGAUAAUCCUUCAAAAUAUAGGAGCCAUUCUUGGUUAAAUACAAUAAGCUGUAGGCCAGAUUUAGCCAUGGGGCAUCCUGCAUCAUCACUAGCUUGCAAUACCUACAACAAAUAAUGCUAAGCUGUGGUUUUGAUAUUCAACAUAUAAGCAUCUUUAUUAAAGUGUAUGUCAUUGACACAGCUCCACUUCGCUAAAUUGUUCUCGUUUGUGUUCCCAAUCUGCAUGAGUGGCUUGAUAAAGUGAAAGUGUAUACUCAGGGAUGGGGCCUGCUCCACAGGUCACUGUGACUUUAUGAGUAGGUAUCAGAAGAGAGGUCAGAGCACAUAUCCGUUCCUCUGUUAUGUUCUGUAGGACAGACAGGUCUGCAGAGGUUCAGGUGAGUCCAUGGGGUCUUCCAUUUCUUCACCUCAUAAGCAAAAUUCCCUAGAACAGUCAGGCUGACUCUGAGAGUAGCACAGCAAAUAGACGGCACUCAACUAGGGCCGACUAACAUUCCUCCCAGGCCUUGGCACUCACUGAAAGAUAGAUUCCCCAGAGACCUCCAAAAUUUGGGGUCCAUGUUGGCUCCUUGGGGAGGUCUCCUGACCACAGUGCCCUACAUCAGACAUUUGAGAGCCUGCCUGGGAUUCACAAUGAGGUACUGAAAUGGGCACUCAGUGGGAGGGACAUCUUCCAAAAGACAAAAGUAGGAUUUUUUCUCCUCCUCCUCUUUCGCCAUUGAUUCUUUCUUUUCCUAUUUUUCCUUUAACUCUGAAAUGGUCUAACUAGAAUAGAAAUGAUAUUACUGUGGGGAAACAGAUUGGCUCUUGUCCUGGGGAUGCCAAAGCCAUGUUUCCCCGAGCUAACACUUUUUUUUUUUUUUUUUUUUUGGACAGGCAGAGUGGACAGUGAGAGAGAGAGACAGAGAGAAAGGUCUUCCUUUUGCCAUUGCUUCACCCUCCAAUGGCCGCCGCGGCUGGCGCGCUGCGGCCGGCGCACCGCGCUGAUCCGAUGGCAGGAGCCAGGAGCCAGGUGCUUCUCCUGGUCUCCCAUGGGGUGCAGGGCCCAAGCACCUGGGCCAUACUCCACUGCACUCCCGGGCCACAGCAGAGGGCUGGCCUGGAAGAGGGGCAACCGGGACAGAAUCCGGCGCCCCGACUGGGACUAGAACCCGGUGUGCCGGCGCGGCAAGGCGGAGGAUUAGCCUAGUGAGCCGCGGCGCCAGCCCCGAGCUAACACUUUGUUGGACGGACUUCCUUCCCCUGCUCUCUGCAGUCCUGAUAAGCAAUGAAGAGGAGGAUGGUGUUCUCAUCCAGUUUCCAGCACCCAGGACAGGGUGUUCACAGUGCAGGGAGCUGCAACUCCAUAGCAGGGCUCUGGGGCAGAGCAUGGAAAUGUAGUGGGUGUAGAACUUACACGGAAGGACCUAGAAAUACUGAGGCCAUUUAGUAAUAACACCACUGCCCGCCGUGAGAACAAAAAGGAAGGCUGACUUGGGUGGCAGCCUCUCUUUGCGUCUCUUCCCCUCGCCCUUGCUUGAUCUUACACCUCCUGAUUCCUUUCCUGACGCCAUCCUUUCUGCCCACAUCCCACCCUCUGCUGCUUGCUACCCUACAAGAACUGAGAGGUGUUGAGUAGCUACGCUUGCUCCAUGUGCAGCUCAGGUGACACGAUGAGGCUCCCCUGAGCAACUCCCCCGCCUUCCUGGAUCUGGCCCAACUCUCUGAGCUCUGGCCCUCGCAGCCUGCAGUCAGCCCAGGGCAGGUAAUGGGGCCAGCAGGGUGAGGCCAUGCUCAAGUCCCUGGUCCACAAGGACUUUUACCCUCUGCUCAUGUGGCUGCCUUCCUGCUCUUAUCCAGUCAGCUCCAAAUGGUGGGCACCGACACGGCGCACGGUCACAUUUGGGACAAGAGUUGACAGUGAAAGCGAUUCCUGUGGUAUCUCUGCCACUUCCCGUGCUCUGAUUGUUCAGAAAUCUUCACUGAGUCCUUCAAAACCACCUCCCCUUCCUUUCCAUCUUUGUGGUUUCUUUCCUGUUGCUUCUGCUUCUUGGGGAUGCUUUAAGGGUUUCAGGGCCUUGAUUAAUCCCAUAGCAUAAACAGGGUUUCAUAUUAGCAUUGAGCAAGGAUUCAUCUUUCAGGAGGUAUGCCCUAGGCAAGACUGUCAACUAUGCAGGGGGUGUUCUUUCUUUUCAGGGGCUCUGCUCCUUGGCCUUGUCCCCACCAACCCCUCUGCUACUGGACUAUGACCUUUCCUCCUCAUUCUCUCCUUUGUGCACAGACAAAAUGUGUCCAUCAUUCUUUUCCAAGAUCAGAAAUUCAAACUCAGACCCUCCUGAUCUUCCUAAUCCCUCUCCAAGUUCUUAUAACAAUUGUCCAUAAAGUGCAUCUGGGGACUAAUUACAUGCAUUAUCGUGAUACUUCUGUUGCUUUUAGAAAUCCGUAUCUAUUUAAAGUGUACCUUGUCUACACUUUACUUGUUUAGGGUCUGUCUUCUCAGCUACUUGAAAGCUUCCUGGGGCAGGGACAGCUGAGGACUGGGAUUCCUCAUGAACCAGCAAGGAGAGAGGGGAGUAGAGUGGAGCAGGUGAUGGACAAGGGCUAGAAGCUCAGAUCCACAAUGGCAUGGAACUACCAGAGGGACUUCCCAGGGAGACUCAGGUAAUAGCUGAUGGCCCUGGGGUUUCUGAAAAGGCACAGUCGUAUCUAAUUAGUGCUACACAGCACAGCACUGGGGAAUCCAAUGUUGCCGUCUUGAGUCAGGUGGGUGUGUGGUCACCCCUGAGACAUCUGUAGCCAGGAGAGCACCGCCCCAUCACCGAGGACAGGUGAAACAGAACAAUAUGUGAUCAAGAACCUGCAGAGCCCAAUCCCAGGAACCUGGACACUGAGGACACAGAGGAACCCUAAGGUCACUCCAGGGCUUCCAUCCCAGCCGUAGACUGAGGGUACUUCCGUGUUAUCUGCCUGCACAAGGACUGAUUGGAAAAUUGUACCAAAGAGCCUUUAAAUAGCUUCUGAGCAGCUUUCCUCUACGCUGUUUCAUAGCCUAAGAAGAGAAGAAAGGAAGCUACACUGAUUUGAUAUGAGGAUGUACACAACCACUCCCUGCUAAAGGGCAUUUUAAUUCAGAUCUCCCGAAGACCACCUCCCACCCUAACCGCAUAAUCUCCCAAUGACUACAAAGUGCAGUGCCACUGUCCAUGCUGCAUGGCCUCAAAGCACCUUGCCCUGUGCACCUUGCUUCUCUUGUGAAAUUCUGUCUCAUUUAUCUUCCAUCAGCUCAUCCAAGUUCCUUAUGAAGCCAAAUGUAUUGCACUACAUCAGGAUUGGCUUGAAUGGUGGUUCCCUGACAGACAUAGAGUGAUGUUUUCUCUUCUGCCCUGGUUCUUGCUGAGUAGCAAAGAGCAUUUAUCCUCAUUUGGAGUAACCCAGACAGCUCUGAGUAGUGCCUUCUGCCAUGCUUUCUGAGCAACAUGAUGCUGCUUUUUUUCCUUCUGCCCCUGCCCCUUCCCUGAGGACACGAUUGAAAGGGUUUCUGGCUUCACAAUAUCAAUCACAAUGGAACAUGCUUGUUGUCUAGAGCAAUGUGAAUGCCCAGCCUCAGUCCAACCUAGAAACUAGAGGGGAGAAAUCACAUGAGAAGGCAGGACCUACAAAAGUAGUCAGGGAUUCCAGGCCAAAAGCCAUCUAAAAGCAAAUUUGAAUGAGUGUAGCAAUGGUUUAUUGAUUUAUCUUCUAAAAUAAAUUAUCUUUCUUCCCCACCAUGGUCUGCGUUCCUUUUGCUAAACCCAGCCUUAUCUUUCAUAAUGAAAAGAUUUCGUCUUGGCAGCUUGGCUAAUGCAAGUCCCAGGGGUUGGGAGCCCUGUGGCCCAUUCAUCAAAAGCUGAACAUCAGGAUGAGGACUUUGUGCUCCACAGUGCCUGCCCCUCCCCUGCUCCAGUGUCUUACCAGAGGUGACAGAGACUGUAAAGGGCAGAGAAGGAGAGGACAUUGAUGAAUGGACAGGCAAAUGAGCAGCUUUGAUCUACAGAUAAGGAUGCCUAAAUUAAACCAGAUGAGUCAGAAGUCUAAUAAAAAGUAUGCCUGUGAAAUAUUUUUAAGAGCAAAACACACAAGUACUAUAAACAUUUAAUAAAAAUUUAUUGUUCAUUUCCUACAUUUUUUAAAGAGUGAAACACUCUUAAACACUCUCUUAAAGAGUGAAGCAUUUAUCAAGGAGUAAUUGGAUAAUGAGGCCCCAUGUUUGCUGUCACCUCCAUCUCCAGCAGCCUGCUUGACUCCUGCUUUCCUGUGCUGAACAUGACAGCAACCCUGAUGCCUAAACUUCAAGCGAGGGCUGACUUUCAGCAACACUGCCUCAGCAUUGAAAGCCUGAAUGACAACAAGCUUUCCCCAUCAAAUGUGAAGGAAGACAGCUCUUUCCGUCUCUGGGUAUAACAAGCCACAAGCAGUACACUUUGCAGUAUUACCACACUUAUUUAACCUGAUCUUGCAGGCAACACAAUUAGUUUCCUUCCUACCAUGCAUCCCUAUUGAAUUGUACAGAGAUGAGGAUUAACUAGCAAAAAAUACUAUUUUCAAAGCAACUACCAUAUACCAAGCCCUUUGCACACUCUGGCAUGGUGAAGUGUAAGAUUUUACAGUCACGUUGCAAAGGAAAUAAUUUCACAGAGAAGCAAUUCAACCACAUGGGUAUAAGAGGAGAUGGGAUAAGGUCUGUAGAAAGUUCAGGAAAAAAAAGGCUGGGCAAAGUUGAGCUUACACAAAGCUUAUUUUGGAGUUCUCUUGUGCCCACCUCUUGACUUCCUGACCUCUCUGGACCCACAUCCUCACCUGUGAAAUGGGAUGAGCAGAUGAAAGGGCAUCCACGAAAAUGCUGCAUGAGCUGAUAAAGCAUGACAUCACAUAGGCCCAUAAUUCGUGCCAGCAGUCUUUCCCCAUCUUCACUUCGACUCCAAAUUCUAAUGAGACUUUAACAUAUGUUGGGUGCCUCCCACUUUAGGUUUAUGUUUCCAGGAGCUGGCCAUCACCCACUGAAGACACUAGUUAUUCCUUCGUUAGAAAGGAAGUCACCCAAGCAAGUGCUAUACCACAGCUUGGGUGCUGUCAUCCUAAACUCGGGUGCUAGGUGCCAAACCCCAACUCUCAGCCACUCCCACUGGGAAGCUUUGUUUUAAUUUUUAACACAAGACACACUCUACUCCUUUGAAUGUUUCCACCACGUUCCCAUAGUCAGCCUAGAGCAAGAAUACCCACUGCCUAUGUCUGUCGUCUUCCUCACAGUGGCUAUUUGGCAAUAGGAAGUACUUUGAUUUACCAUAGUUACUCUAAGAAAGCUACUUCAUAAAACACAGUCACUAUGUGAAAGGGGAGCAUGUAUGCUGAUACAGCUGAGUCUAUGAAGAAGUGAAAUCACUUUUGACCACUGAGAGAAGGCACAGGAUUUGAAGAAAAGCUUGAGUUUAAAAUCUUCCAAGGAAAUAGGGCUGAGCAGUGCUUGGCAACUGUCAGAAGUAAAUGUUUACAAGACAAAACAGUAAAUCCCCAGUCAUGGACAGACGCAGUUUUGACUUCAGUGGGAAUUGAAAUCCAUAUCCUGGGAGCUCCAGGACAUGAUCCCAGUUCUAAUUUCAGGUCUGCCCAUCAGAGUCUAGGCAUUUCUGUGGACCCUGUCAGUGGCCACCAGGAACCUUCUGGGCAUGCGCCUUGACAGGACAGUCCAUCCUACAAAAUCAGCUCCCCACGACUCAGCCUGACGCAGGCAGACAGCCAUCCUCCAAGGCUGGAUCUGGCAGGGGCUGGCCACCUGCUUCCUGCCAAAUGGACUCUCAUGACUCGGAAUCUCAAACUUGCUUUAAACACAGAGGAAAGUUCACUUUCAGGGAUGAGGCUCUUGGCGCAACUCUGAUUCUUAUAAACACAGUCUCUUGCUAUUUCAGUCUUCUGGGUUUUGAGAUACAGCUGCUGAGGGUGGGAAGAGUGAACGGGUUGGUGUUGGCCCAAAUUAAAAUGAAGAGUUUUCUGUUCUUUCAGUGCUUGGAGAAAGAAAACUAAGAGCAUCAUCUUGCAGGGAGCAGAAUGUGAUGGGCCUGGCUAAGGGGAAAUAAGUAUGGGCCUCCGUGUAAGAAGAACCAGCUCCUUCAAGGUCUGAACUUGUCAAAAUGUGUGCAUUGGGUUUGGAGUAAUAAGUCUCACUCUACACAAGGAUGAAACUUCGAUCACGUUGAUGCAUGAUGCAAAGUAUAUUAAUUAUUAUAUUAUUGAUUAAAGGUCAACCUACCUUGUUUCUUAAGGGGAAGUAUUCCCUUUGCAAGAAACCAGUUUCCUGUCCACUGCUGCCCUUACCAUCACUCAGUGAAGUAGGCACAGCCCACUCACCCUCCCUGCUGCCCUGUCUUUUGAAUCCACCUCAGGAGCCAGAGUCUUGCUUGAUGUAUGGAUUUGCUUCUUUAUCAAGCAUUCAUCUAAGACACAAAUCUAACGUAUUACUGGUGCCACUGCUGAAACAACAAUAACUCAAGAAGUGACCUGUGAAUUUAAAGAUAAAGAAGAAAAUAGAUCUUGGGACAAAGCCUACUACAGCUGCCACCCCAUUGCAUUUUUAAGAGUUAAACCCUAAAUUUGCCUGGUUUCCCUCAAAGUCUAGCACAUCCAUAGAAGUAGAGGAAACCAAACUGCAGAACAAAUCACCUUUUUCCAAAGGAUGCUGCCAUUGCACCUGCUACUCUCUCAAUCAUUCAUCCAUUCUGUAAUUUGCUUUGGGGGGGUGGAGAGUAACAAUAGUGGAGAUGCAUCCUUGCCUUCAUAGCACCUGUGCUCUGCGGGGGUACAGGCAAGUCAACAAGCCUUGUAAUGCACUUAUUCACAGGGUGCCAUGGGGGCACCAGGGCACCCCACACCCAGUCUCAGAAUCCGCCUUUUCAAAAAUAAUAACCUCUAUGUGGGAACCUGGAAGAUAAAAUGGAGUGGGGAACAGAGACAGUUGUUCCAGGAAAGGGAUUACUAAAUCUGUGCAGAGACGGAGGGACUGGUGAACCUCGGGCAUUUGUUGGGGAUGACCCUCCUCUACUCUGUCAGGGUGCAUGGAAAACCGGACUUGCUGAUCAUGGCUGCACCACGAGUCCUCAGCCCCCAAGUGCCCACAGGCAGGCCACAACUGCUUGGCUUCCCUAUUUUUUGUAAGGUUUGGAGGAAUUCACAGGAAGAGCCAGGAUGUGGUGCGUCCAGGGGCUUUCCCGACAGAGCUACCAUGUUUGGCUUGGCUGGAAAUCACAAGGCCUUGGUUUCCCAGUUAUCUGAUUCUCUUUGUUCUCAAGGCUUAGCAUGGGAUUACAAUGAUGGCUAAACAUAAGGAAAAAAAAUCUAUUUUUCAUUGUGCAAAUAAACAUUUGUUCAAACACGAGGCAGCUAAUCCAUAAAAAUAACCAAACGCCUUGGAUGUCUUAGCAAGCAAAUUGUAUACAAGGCAAUUCAGUGUUACUAAAAACUGAGGAGUUAUUUGUAAUAAGAAAACACUGUACAGUAUGUUUUUAAAGAGAGAGAGGAUUUCUCCUCCAAAAACAAAAAAGCAGAAAAUAAUCAGGUCCCCACCACACCCCAAAGGUGGGUUUCCACCUCAUCAUGGGAAAGAUGUCAGCAUACGCUGUAUCCGGGCACGUGACAGCCAAGUGUGCCUGGAAGCUUGUCACAAGCCAAACGUAGCAGGAGUGGUGGGAGACACAGAAGCAAACAUAAAGGACUUGCAGCUGCCCCCUUGCAAUCAAGGAGUAAUCAGGAAGAACUCAACUUGGUGGGGCUCAGGAAAGCAAUUUGAGGUACAUUUUUGCCUGUGAAGUUAAAACUCUCUUUCAGUAAAUAAAGCCGGUGCCAUUUAAACAUGAACCCCAUGACAUUUCCUGGCUUGCUGCCGCAUUUCUGCUUGUUUCUGCGUUAGAUCUGCUCAAAAUACAAACACGGCAUUUCCACGUUGCCAGAGAAGUGAGAGCGGGCCGCCUGGCUGACCUCAGUGCUGUGGUUUUCCUUUAGUCUUUACGAUCAGUGUGACACGUAAGAUCCUGUAAAGUGCGAUUUCUAACGCACAGUGCUUGUCCAGCAUACCGACCUGCUCCAGGUUUGGGCUUUGGUCUGCUGAGCUGACGAUCUCGUUACUUUUCCUUCCAUGUUCCAAACAAAUUUUCAAAAGAAUUCCUGUGAAUCAUGCUGAGUGUUAGGUAGGUAUGCUACAGGGAUAUUCCCCCUCCUACACCAGAUUAAUAUGUUUAUGUGUGUGAAUGGUUAUACUUGAAUUAUUGGCAGCAUUUCGUAUGGUUGCAUAUAUAUGAUGUCUGGGCUGACUACAAUGGCUUCAAAGUAUUUAAUUCCUUUUAAAUGAACCCAAUAUCCUUGGAAUGUGCUAUUUAAGUGUUUCUGAAUUUUCUACACCCCCUUUUUACAGGUCCGUUUGUUUAUGCUGUGAUGUAGUGAACAAUCAUGUUAGUUUGAUGUUUUUGUUUUUUAGGAAAAUGAAUGUACAUAUGACUAAGCAGAUGAAUAAGUUAUUAAAAAAUAUAGACUUCAUGGAUCAUGCUUAAUGGUAAAAAAAUGAAUUUAUUUUAUUUGUUUAAUAAAGUGAUUGUUCAAAUGAUAGCAAUUUAUUUUGUCCUUAUAAAUAUGAAUGCCAUAUAUUUAAGUGUUGUUCAAUAUCGAUGUAUGUUCUCUAAUAAAACAUUUUAAACUUCUUUCUUUAAACACACAAUGCCUUAGUUCUUCAGUCUUGAUGUGUUGUUAAUAAUAUUUCUGUUGAGAGGGGUGGCGCUGUGGCAUAGUAGGCUAAGUCUCUGCCUGAGGCACUGUCAUCGCAUACAGGCACCGAUUCAAGUCCCAGCUGCCCUUCUUCUGAUCCAGCUCUCUGCUUAUGGCCUGAGAAAGCAGUGGAAGGUGGCCCAAGUCCUCGGGCCACUGCACCCAUGUGGGAGACCUGGAAGAUGCUUCUGGCUCCUGGCUUCAGAUUGGCCCAGCUCCAACCAUUGCAGCCAUUUGGGGAGUGAACCAGCGAUGGAAGACCGAAGACCUCUCUCUCUUUCUCUCUUUCUCUCUUUCUCUCUUUCUCUCUUUCUCUCUUUCUCUCUUUCUCUCUUUCUCUCUUUCUCUCUGCCUCUCUCUGUAACUCUACCUCUCAAAUAAAUAAAUAAAAUCUGAGAGUGUGAGAGAGAGAAGGAAAUAAAGAGGAAGGAAGGAAGGAAGGAAGGAAGGAAGGAAGGAAGGAAGGAAGGAAGGAAGGAAGGGAGGGAGGGAGGAAGGAAGGGAGAAUUGAUGUCUUCACCCAAGCUAAUAGGGUAGAUUAGGGGAAGAGGGCCUUAUUCAAGACAGAGCCAAGAAAAGAAUACAAAUGGAUCAUCAGGAUUGGAGGCAGCUAGCAGAUGAAGGUGAUAAUGGAAGCCAGACACAUGAAAAUGUUAAAUAGGAUGAAUGCAGAUUAGUAAGUGGUCCAAGACAAUAGGUAAGGGGGGCUAGUGGUUAGAGAAGGUCAUGGGCAACAAAGUUCAAAAAAAAAGUCAUUUGACAGAGGUUCUUGCCUGAGCAUGAUCUCAGAACUUGGAAGCCCCAGGGCUGCCCCUUCUGCUCCAUUCCCUCCCUGCUAUUCCUGAAUAGUGUGGAGUCUUCUCUGGGAACAUGAACUCGAGAAUCAGAUUGUCCGGAAGCCCUCACAGCCGCCUAUAUGAUCUCAAGCUGGCUAUUCACUGCCUCUACAUAUUCAUCUCUCCUCAGGAAAGGGAAUAAUGACAUCACUCAGAAUUGCUGAGAUAAUGGAAAUGUUUAGGAAAAUGCCCGACGUAUUUCUAGCACUCAGAAAUUACAGGUUGUUCUUUUUGUCGUUAAUCUUGCUGCUUUUAUUAUGUCUCUCAUUUUGGCUGCCCACAAAGAUAAGCCUCUGCUUCCUGGUGAGGAGGGAUCAUUUUCUACCCCAAGUCCUUAGCA